GGGGGCCUCGCGUAUUGAUCGUUCUCUGGUGGACAGGAAGGGGACAAUGAGGACCUGUGCUGAGUCCACCACCAUUUUCUCUCUAUGUACCAUCGACUGCAGGUGACCAUUUCUGCCUCAAGGUCUCGAGGGGGUGGGCAGGGGGAGGGAGAGGAUACCACCAUGGUAUCGGGCGGCCCCCUGCGGCACCAGACGUUCUGCUUCACCUGCGUGCUGGGGCUGUACGGCUGCCGAUGGCGACAACAGGUCGACCCCAAUGAGAAGAGAUGGGUGGAGCGUAUCUGGUUUGUGGUGAUGCUGCUGGCUGUGGGGUUCGCCUCCUUCUGGAUGUACUUCUGGCUGGUGGUCUGGAACGACGCAGACGACUUCAACUGGUGGAUCUACCAGCAGACAGGGAAGUGGGUGAACUGGUACUGGGUCAUCCUGGCAGCCACUUCCACUGCCUUUGGAUACGCUGUCUUCCUACUUUUAUUAGCUGCCAUCCACGUGUGUUUUGAAAUUCCUGUGUACCUCCACUGGCUCCACAAGAUCCUGGUGGUGUUGCUCCUGUGCGGCUGUACUGCGUCUGUUGUGCUGAUGCAGCAGUUAUGGCUGGAUGGCUUCAGGCUGGCAUGGCUAUCCCUACAGAUGACAGGCCCGUGGCUGCACCUGGGUGCAGUAGGCCUGAUGACAGUGUCCUCUUGGGUCAUAGCAGGGCAGUGGGCACAAGUUAGGACUCUAGCUCUACAGAUAUUUUGGUUUGUUUUUUACCUGGGUGUGAUGGGGGGCCUGUAUGUUGCACCGUUGUUCAUCACUUCCCCGUGUUUCAUCACUGUGGACCAGCUGCCCAAAAAACCCAACAUCGGGGGACACAGGGGAGCUCCCAUGCUUGCCCCUGAGAACACAUUACUGUCCUUCCAAACUGCAAUAGACAACAAUGCCACCAUGAUAGAGACAGACGUCCAAAUAAGUAUUGACGGAGUGCCAUUCCUGAUGCACGAUGGUGACCUGAGGAGAACCACCAACAUCGCCGACGUCUUUCCCAACAGGGUUAACGACAACGCAGCCACCUUCAACAUAUCAGAGCUCAAGAGGUUAAACGCCGGCAAAUGGUUUCUCCAGUCGGACCCGUUUGGCACGGUGGGAGGCAUGUCGGCCAGGAGAAGAGCCCUGAUCGCCAACCAGUCUGUCGGAACCUUCAAAGAUUUUCUACAACUUGCCAAUACAUACAACAUCAGGGUGAUCUUUGACCUAUACCCCCCGCCCAGGGGUCAUCCAUUCCACAAGAACUUUGCAAACUACACCCUGAAUUUUGUGCUGCAAUCCGGACUACCUCAGAGCAGUGUUGUGUGGCUACAAGAUUCAGACAGGUUCACCAUUAGGAAAAGGGCACCUUUUCUUAAGCAGGGGACUGGCAACAAGAUCAGUCCUGUUGACAUGAAAAAACUCUCCUUGACUGUAGAGAACUUGGACUACAGACAAUACAGCCAAGGAGAUUACAGUCUUUAUAGCAAAAACAACAUCACCACGGUUACGUACAUCGUGCACUCCUCCUGGCUGUUCUCGUACCUGUGGUGCUCGGGCGCCGACACUGUCACCUCCAACGGAGUCAACCUCGUCAGAAAUCUCAAUAGUCCCAGCUGGCGAAUGAACCCAUUUCACUACAGAGUGUUGUGGAUCACUACAGAUGUGCUGUCUGGUGUCUGCAUUCUCGUCUGCUUUCUUGUACAAAGGAGGCGUAAGGCCUUUGGUAGAAACCAUGUGGAAACUGUUCGCUUAGAGAUGAUUGAGGAGGCGGCCCUCCCCUCGCACGACCACGACCCCCGCAAAAGGCUCCUGUCCGACAACCCCGCAGACGACAUGGACGACGACGACGGAACUUUGGAGGGCGCGACCUUGGGCGGGACGCUGGCGUUCGACAUGGACCUGCCGGUGGUACAGCACAAAGAGGUCGCGGUGGAGUUGUGACCUUGGGAUUUUCACAGCUGGUUUACACUUUAAAUUUGGAAAACUCAUUUUCAGACUAAGAAACUCCAAAAUUAGCAUGAACAUU